AUGGCCGGAUCUGGACCGAUGGUUUCGUUUUCGCGCGCUUCCACCUUUCGACGCUUCAUUCAGAUGCGAGCAGACAGCACAGCGCCACCCGCGCCGAACACCGACGUCUUGUUCAACACGAGGCAAGUAACGGUCGCACCCUGCACUGCACCGACGCUGUCCUGGCAACUGUAUGCGAUUCGUUUGUCCCUCGUAGGAAUUCCUUUACUGUCGUGCGUCGGCCUAUCGUCGCUUGUGCACACACAUCCGCCGUGCAUUGGGCUCCUCUCGACGGCUUCGCCUGUGGGCAUGUCAGAGGAGCCCAAUGCGCGUUAA